AUGGCUGUUUGCAUCGGGAUGCUGCGCCUCAGGAGACUGUGCGCGGGGAACCUGGGGGUGCUGGGGGCCCGGGUCGUCCUCGCCCGAGGCUGGCGGGAAGCGAUCUUGCAGGGCGUCCGCCCUCUCAGGUACCGCCCCGGGAGGAAGGGGGGCGGGACAAGGCUUUCCAGGCCUUCUUCCUUUGAGGAAAGAGGAGCUGCACAUUCCAGAGAUCUGGAUCACACUGCCCCCCAGCCCAUUGGAGGCCUUAGCUACAUUCAGGGACACACCAGAAUUGGUCUUCUCAACAAGACUGUGGGACGGUGCCUGGAUGCCACAGCCCAGAAGAUGCCAGACCGAGAGGCCUUGGUUGUCAUACAUGAAAAUGUUAGGUUGACCUUUGCCCAGCUCAAGGAGGAGGUGGACAAAGCUGCUUCAGGGCUCCUAAGCAUUGGCCUCUGCAAGGGCGACCGGCUGGGCAUGUGGGGACCUAACUCAUACACAUGGGUGCUCAUGCAGUUGGCCACCGCCCAGGCGGGCAUCAUUCUGGUGUCUGUGAACCCAGCCUACCAGGCAUCGGAGCUGGAAUAUGCCCUCAAGAAGGUGAGCUGCAAAGCCCUCGUGUUCCCCAAACAAUUCAAGACCCAGAGUUACUACAACAUCCUGAAGCAGAUCUGUCCAGAGCUGGAGUGGGCGCAGCCAGGGACCUUGAAGAGUCAGAGGCUCCCAGACCUGACCACACUCAUCUCAGUGGAUGAGCCUCUGCCAGGGACCCUGCUCCUAAAGGACGUGAUAGCAGCCGGCAGCUCAGAACAGCAUAUGGCCCAGUUCCGUUAUACACAGAAGCUCCUGUCCUGCCAUGACCCCAUCAACAUCCAGUUCACUUCGGGGACAACAGGUAGACCUAAGGGCGCCACCCUCUCCCACUACAACAUUGUCAACAAUGCCAGCUUGAUCGGGGAGCGCCUGAAAAUGCACCUGAAGGAACCAGAGGAGAUGCGGUUGAUCCUACCCAACCCCCUGUACCACUGCUUGGGUUCCGUGGGGGGCACACUAUUGAGUGCGAUGUAUGGUGCCACCCUUAUCCUGCCCUCUCCGAGCUUCAGUGGCAAGAUGGCGCUAGAGACUGUCAGCAAAGAGAAGGGCUCCUUCCUGUAUGGCACCCCUACUAUGUUCGUGGACAUUGUGAACCAGCCAGACUUCUCCAGUUAUGACAUCUCGACCAUGCGUGGAGGUGUGAUUGCUGGGUCCCCUGCACCCCCAGAGCUGAUCCGACUCAUCAUCAACAAGCUGAACAUGAAGGAGAUGGUGGUUGCUUAUGGAACCACAGAGAACAGUCCCGUGACCUUCAUGAGCUUCCCUGAUGAUACUUUGGAGCAGAAGGCAGAAAGUGUGGGCAGAAUCAUGCCUCACACAGAGGCCCAGAUUGUGAACCCAGACACCAGUGCGCUGGUGGAGCUGAACCAGCCUGGGGAGCUGUGGAUACGAGGCUACUGCGUCAUGCUGGGCUACUGGGACGAUCCCCGGAAGACUGAGGAGGCAGUCAGACAGGAUAGGUGGUACCGGACAGGAGACAUAGCUGUCAUGGACAAGGAAGGCUUCUGCAAGAUUGUGGGCCGCUCCACGGACAUGAUCAUCCGGGGCGGAGAGAACAUCUACCCCGCGGAGCUCGAGGACUUCUUCCACAAACACCCACAGGUGCAGGAGGUGCAGGUAGUGGGUGUGAAGGACCAGCGGAUGGGGGAGGAAAUCUGUGCCUGCAUCCGGCUGAAGAGUGGGGAGAACACCACGGCUGAGGAAAUCAAGGCUUUCUGCAAAGGGAAGAUCUCCCACUUCAAGAUUCCCCGCUACAUCGUGUUUGUCAACCAGUACCCCCUCACACUCUCAGGAAAGAUCCAGAAAGGCAAACUUCGAGAGGAGAUGGAACAGCAUCUGAAACUGUGA